CAUUCCAUGCAAGCUCCUGGAACAGCUUAAGGGAGAGCGAAACCAAAGGGCUAUUUCGUCAUUAACUGGCAUGCCUAGUGAAGGUAGCGCCUUUAAUGCCAAUUUCGUAAUUUCUUUGAAAUGCAAGGUCUCUCUCCCAUGAAGGCAUGCAUAUAAGGCUUAGCUGAUCUCCCAGCUUUCCAUUAUAUGCAUAUUCCACAUACCUUCUCUUCUUCCAUUCUCUUGUACUUGCAAUUGCAACAGACUAAAAGAAUGAGAGGGGCUAUCUUGCUGUCGGUGCUACUGAUUGCCACCUGCCAAUUUUCCUUAUCCAUCAGGGACGGAUUAGUUAAAAACGGCAACUUCGAGCUCGGCCCCAAGCCAUCGGACCUGAAUGGCACACAGGUGAAAAAUCCCAACGCCAUACCAGAUUGGCAGAUUUCUGGGUUUGUAGAGUACAUAAAAUCAGGGCAAAAGCAAGGGGACAUGUUGCUAGUGGUGCCAGAGGGAGCCUAUGCAGUUAGGCUUGGGAACGAGGCAUCAAUUAAGCAGAGACUAAGAGUUAUAAAGGGCAUGUACUAUUCAAUCACGUUUAGUGCUGCUAGAACUUGUGCACAGGAAGAGAAAUUGAACGUGUCUGUGUCUCCUGAUUGGGGUGUUCUGCCAAUGCAAACUAUGUACAGUAGCAAUGGAUGGGACUCCUAUGCCUGGGCCUUUCAAGCUGAGUACCCUGAGGUGGAUCUUGUCAUACAUAAUCCUGGAGUGGAAGAAGAUCCUGCUUGCGGUCCUCUCAUUGAUUCAGUGGCCAUUAGAGCUCUGUUUCCUCCCAGACCAACUAAUAAGAACAUAUUGAAAAAUGGAGGUUUUGAAGAAGGUCCAUACGUGUUUCCCAACACAUCCUGGGGUGUCUUAAUCCCACCAAACAUUGAAGAUGAUCACUCUCCCCUUCCAGGGUGGAUGGUGGAAUCCCUGAAAGCAGUAAAGUACAUAGACUCAGACCAUUUCUCUGUCCCACAAGGAAGACGAGCCAUAGAACUUGUAGCUGGAAAAGAAAGUGCCAUUGCCCAAGUAGCCAGAACCACCAUUGGCAAAACUUACACCCUCUCUUUCGCAGUUGGCGAUGCCAGCAACUCCUGCGAAGGGUCCAUGGUGGUAGAAGCUUUCGCCGGUAAAGAAACUCUCAAAGUUCCUUACGAAUCAAAGGGCAAAGGUGGAUUCAAGCGUGCAGUGCUUAAAUUUGUUGCUGUUUCAAACAGAACUCGGCUUAUGUUCUAUAGCACAUUUUACGCCAUGAGGAGUGAUGACUUCUCUUCCCUUUGUGGACCUGUUCUUGACGAUGUGAAGCUGUUAAGCGUUCAUAAUCCACGACGAAUGAUGUGAAUGGGAUCGAUGAAUGACGAGAGCCACAAUUCGCAGCUAUACUAAGAAUAUAUUUUUGUUAUAUAAAGAGAUGCGAGCAAUGGGUACGGUUUUCUGUGUGAGCCUAAUAAUUUAUAUAAAUCCAAAAAUAAGAAUAUAUCAAUUUUAGGAUAGCUAUUAUAUAUAUAAUAAGAAUAUAUAUUGUGAUUUCAUGAAGUGUUAAUGUAUUUUAAAGGAUUAAAUAAGGAUAAAUUUUACUUUAAUUUUUCUUCAAUUCAUGGAAAUCCAUGUAUGCUAAAUUAUCCUUAUUUAAUUCCAGUUGUUUAUGAUUGAAUAAAUUCAUGUCUUGCAGUUCCA